GGACUAUGGAUCUUCAAAGCGAAAAUCAGGUGCUGAUGCUAGCUCUGAACCCAUGAUCCUGGAGCAAUAUGUGGUGGUGUCCAACUAUGAGAAGCAGGAGAACUCUGAGAUCAGCCUCCAGGCUGGAGAGGUUGUGGAUGUCAUAGAGAAAAAUGAAAGUGGUUGGUGGUUUGUGAGCACAGCAGAGGAGCAGGGCUGGGUCCCUGCUACAUACCUGGAAUCCCAAAGUGGAACCAGAGAUGACUCUGACAUCAACACAUCCAAACUUGGGGAAGUUUCUAAGCGACGCAAGGCUCACCUGAGACGCCUGGACCGGCGAUGGACGCUGGGCGGGAUAGUCAACAGGCAGCAGAGUCGAGGUGAAUUAAUAGCUUCCUAUGGCACCAGCCUCUAA